AUCGCUAUAUUUAAAAAAGAUUAUGAAACCUCUCGAAGUCAGUGACAUUAUGGUGGUCACAAUGAGAUGUAGGAAAAACUGUAAAAGAUAGCUUCAAGCAUGAUGAAUUUAUUUUGACAUGACAAGUUCUGAUUGAUUCUCUAGAUAACAUGGGUUAUUGAAAACAUGUUGAUAAAUUGAUUUGAGUCUCCGAUGAGUGUACAAUCACAGCAAUAUAAUUGUUUAUCGUUUGAAAUUGCAUGUCUGAGGAUUAGUUAAAUUAAGGUUGACGUGAAGUGUAAAUGGAUUAGUUAUUACUAAAUAUCAUGUUCUUUUAGGUUUAUUAAACACUAGAGCAAUAUUCGUUGACAAGUUUGUAAUCCAAAGAUUAUCGAGAAGAUUUUAAAGUUUAAAUACAACCUAUCACAAUGAUGUUUAAAACUAUGGCUGCCAUUUUGUUUCUAAUGAAUGCAGGCGUAGCUAGUCAGUCAAUGGGAAAAUAUUCUGCUCCACAAAACUUAAAACCAAGAUUUUAUAGAGACUGCUCUCCACUGAGACUAUAUGUUGAAGAAAACACAAGACCAGGAUUUCUACUUACAGACAUUAGCAAUUGUGUAACAGACGAUGAAAAUGAUAUACUAAGUUAUCGUAUUGAUUCUGGAGUGGGCUCAGAAAUCUGCACCAUAAAUGAAAGUAGCGGAGAAUUGAAAUUAAAAAUCUCGCCAGACCGAGAGGAAAAGAGUUCGUAUCGGUUCAAGGUGUUUGCAUCAGAUAAUUUUGAAAGCGGGAUAAAUCGCGAGGCUAGUCUGAAUGUGGAGCUUCGUAUUUCAGAUCAAAACGACAACAGACCUGUGUUUAACAAAACUACAUAUCACGCAGAUAUCCCUGAGAACGUGGACGUUGGAAGUAAAAUAUUAAAAGUGCUUGCCACAGACCUAGAUGAUGCUUGGAACAAAGAUGUUCUUUAUUUCUUCAAAGAAGGGACUGAUCAUGGCCAUUUUCAAUUGGAUCAGAAUUCGGGCACUAUCACAGUUGCUAAAGGUUUAGAUUAUGAAAACAAAUCAAGAUACGACUUAUUUGUCGUUGCCAAGGAUGAAGGAAUUCCUGAACUGUCGGGAGAAACACAAGUUAUCAUAAAUGUGGCCGAUGUUGGUGACACUCGGCCAUAUUUUCUUGCACAUUCUUGUCAGAAGGAUGUCAAAGAAAACGUACCGAAGGGAGAGAGAAUUUGCAAGGUGGAAGCCAAAGACGGGGACAAAGGCGUUAAUAAUGAAAUCAAUUACGCAAUUACAGCCGGAGAUCCAUACGGUUUAUUUCACAUUAAUAACAGGACAGGGGUUAUCACUGUGGAAGGAGAAAUCGACCGGGAAUCUUACGUUAACAUUGAACUUAACAUAACAGCAUAUGAAGUACCACAACCGGAAUCGAGCGCAACCAUUAAGUUCAAAAUUACUUUUCUUGAUGAAAAUGAUAACAAACCGAAAUUUGACAAGGAAAGUUAUUUGGUAAAGGCUGAAAAGCAAAACCUCAAUGCUGGUACAAUUUUAACAAAAUCAAUAAAGGCUACGGACGAAGAUGCUACGGUGAAGAAUAACGAAAUAAUCUAUUCACUAAGAUAUGACGACGACAAAUACUUCAACAUUUUGUCAGACUCUGGAGUUUUAGUGCUACGAAAUGACCUGACAAACAUAACUUCAAAUAAAAUCAUAAUUUUUGUAUCUGCAAGAGAAAAAAAUACAAAGGAGGGUUACAACGCAAUAGCAAGAGUAACAGUGCAAAUUGUUCCUUCGCCCAGCGCACCUGCGUUUAGAGCAGACAACUCCCUAUCAUCUGCAUAUACAGGGAAUAUAUUUAUUGUUGCUUUGUCGGCCUUGUGUGCUCUUUUUCCUAUGUGAUAAGUGGAAUAAAUUAUUAGGCAAUUUAGAAGUUGCAACUGAAGAGAGAUUGGAGGUUUGCAUUGGUAGCAUGUAUUGAAUAUUGCACGAUCGUACAUUAGGUGUAAAAGACGUGCCAAUGGUGAUAAUAUGGUAACCAGAAAUAAACAAGCUUACACUGUGUCACUUGUUGAUAAUGGUUUAAUGAAUAAUGAAUUUAAUUUUAGUGUGAGUCCGACAGACUAUUGACGGGCAGGUUUCCCAUCUGUCGGCUGACAAUGAAAAAUUAGAGACACUUGUUUUGCUUGUGCAGUAUCUCGUAAUCUUUUUAUUGCAAAUUUUGUUUAUUCCGUAAUGAAACAACGAAAUUUUAAUUUACAGUCCAUAUGCAACGAAACUGAUAUCAAAUUAAUUGCUUUUACCAGUUUUGAUUCGAACUAAUUUGACAAAAAGACCAAAGAUAAUUUGUGGAAACCAUAUUCUAUAAUAUAAUAUUCAACUAAAUUGUAAAAAGAAAAGAGGUUUUAUAGAAAUUAUGAUGUAACUUAAAAUGU